AUGCGGGCAGCACCCACCUGCCCCCAUCCCACUCUGCAGGGCCCCAGUGUGGCGAACGAGUCCGAGGAAGGGGACACGUAUGAGGCACCCCCCUGUGAGAGCCAGGCCUGGAAGGUGGCUCCAGCCAAGAGGCAGGAGGACACGGACGGCACCUACCUCGAUCACACCACUGCCCGGCGCUGCUCAGAGCCCUUCGCCCUCCUGCCGGCCAAGGAGGGACCACCAGAGGAGGAGAUUUACCUGGUGUGUGAGCCGCCCAGCCUACCUCACUGCAGGACGACUCGCGCCCUGAGGCCCCAGCUCGGCCAGGUGCCCCCGCCACGGCUCCCAAAGCUGUCCAAGCCGAAGAUAGCCCUGCCGGGGGCCCACCAUAGCCUGGCUGAUUCCUCCCCCGAAGCCUCGAGCAAAGCCCCAGCCUGGCCCAGGGGCAGUGGCUCCCCGGUGGAGGAUCCUGGCAUGCAGGACCAGGCCUGGUACGCAGGGAGCUGUGACCGGCACGUGGCAGAGAGCGUCCUGCAGGGGGUCAAUAAGGACAGCGCGUUCAUGGUGCGCCAGAGCUCAGGGCAGGGCUGGAACCAGCCAUUCACCUUGGCCGUGCUGUACAAGGGCCAUGUCUACAACAUCCCCAUCCGCUACGUGGAGAGCAGCCGCCAGUACGUGCUGGGCAAAGAUGGGAAGAGCCACGAGGAGCGGUUUGACAGUGUGGCCGGCAUCAUCCAGCACUACCGUGAGCACCCCUUGGUGCUGAUCGAGGGCAGCUCCACCUCCAGGGCACACACCUGCCUACUCUUCCCCGUCAAGCCCUGAGGGCCGGGGACAGGCUGGGGGCCUGGCUGCAGCCACCCCCCAGCUCUGCUCUGUGGGACGUGAGGCUCUCUGCACUGGCCACUCUGGAGCAGACAGCAGGGG